GAUGAUGCAUAAGCUAAUUUGACAACCCAAAAAGGCAACAGAAAAGCGUGGGUCAAUGUUCCCCCGCCUAAGAUCCAGCUUUCAAUCAAUCAUCUCUUCUUCUGUACACAUACAUAUACCCCACUCAUCACAUUUUAAUACGUCAAUUAAUUCAUUUUAAUCUUAACUAUUUCCAAUUUCAACUCUUUGAUAGCGAUUGAUCCAAUCAGAUAUAUACAAGUACAAUCGUACACAGAUUUUUUCACAAAAUUAUUUCUAUAAUUCAGAGGAAGAGCAAUAGAUAGAGAAAAGGAGAAAUGGCGAUUCUGUAUGCCCUGGUAGCGAGGGGAUCGGUUGUAUUGGCGGAGUACAGUGCUACGUCGACAAACGCGAGCGCAAUUGCGAGGCAGAUAUUGGAGAAAAUACCAGGGAAUAAUGAUUCUAAUGCUUCGUAUUCUCAGGAUCGCUAUAUUUUCCAUGUUAAACGUACCGAUGGACUCACUGUUCUCUGUAUGGCCGAUGAGGUUGCCGGAAGAAGAAUCCCUUUUGCAUUCCUGGAAGAAAUUCACCAAAGAUUUGUGAGAACCUAUGGUCGGGCAGUUCUCUCUGCACAAGCUUAUGCCAUGAAUGAUGAAUUCUCAAGGGUCCUUAGCCAGCAAAUCGAGUAUUACUCUAGUGAUCCAAAUGCAGACAGAAUAAACAGGCUAAAGGGUGAAAUGAGCCAGGUGCGUAAUGUCAUGAUUGAAAAUAUCGAUAAAGUUCUGGAGAGAGGUGAUCGCCUGGAGUUGCUGGUUGAUAAAACUGCUAAUAUGCAAGGAAAUACAUUCCGAUUCAGGAAGCAAGCUCGGCGUUUCAGAAGCACUGUGUGGUGGAGAAAUGUCAAGCUCACGGUUGCACUAAUAUUCCUUCUCCUUGUGAUAAUAUAUGUUAUUUUGGCUUUCAUCUGUCAUGGGCUCACACUUCCAACUUGUUUGAAGUGAGCAUCACUGGAUCAACAUCUACUGGGAUUUGGUUGUUGUUUUCUCGCUCUCUAUUGUGGUUCUCAUACGUGCAAUUCUUUGAUCUUAGUUCUCUAGAGGUAAAGCUUGAAUUCAUGCUUUGACAUUGAUCUUGUGCUUGCAAUGUAGUAUCUGUACGACUGUACCAAUUGCUAGAAGUUAUUCAGGUUAUAAGUUUGCUUAAACUCUUGCUUGAGAAACGUGGAGAGAGUUUACUUUUGGAAUUGAGCUCAUGUAACCUAUUCAGAUUUCAACGUUUUGUGAAACUGAUUAUGUAGUAUAAUGAUACACCAUUGACUCUCGGCUUAACUCUGGUGGAAUAUAUAUUGCUGAUUGUAUUUUGGAAUG